UAAACGCCUUUGCUUCUAAAAGGCUACUACUCUAUUACUACUACACUGAGCGAUUGUGGUUGACUGUUGGGAGUUGUAAAAUAUUUCGCCCCCGAAAGUACAUAAUUCAAAACAGGUUGAGUAGUUUAUAGAAGUACGAUUUCAAGUUUUGUUUCAUAUGCUAUUCUGCCUUCGCCUUGUCAACAGCAAACGCGCAGACGUUGGCAAGAAUGCCUGAGGGACGGAGCAUGCGCAAUUCAGUUUACAUUUGGGUCUCGGAAAAUGGCGUCAGCUAGCUUUCUCGAGGAAGCUCUAAGUACAGAUGUUGAUGAAUCGGCAGUAAGUGCAAUAGUGGGCUCCUUAGAGAAUCAGCUUGUCACUUCCACACCCCCUACGUCAAGUCAAACAGGUUCAGCUAUUGUGAUCAAUCAAAAUCAUAUAAAUAGUGCAAUAUCAAACGGCGGGACUGUUGUCCCACAGAAACAUGGGACUAUCGCCAACGGUGACUCGAUAAGUGCUAUGAACACCAGCGAUGGAAGCAAACAAGUGACGAACAACGCAAUGAUCAUUAGCGGCGCCGCAGGAGCAGUGACCACAGGCUACAUAAACCCAAGUGCAACUAUUGAGCCAAACAAAACCAGUGAGGGCGUCAAGAUAGUAUACACGCAGGGACAAGCCAACCAAGUCAUGACUAGUUCGGGAACCAUUUUACAGAAUAGAGUUACUUUGCCGAAUCAGUCACUACCUAAUGGCACUAUAGGCCUUCCCCAACAGACGGUGUUGCAGACCAAUCCAAGUAAUGUACAGACCAUACAAACUAAACAACCUACGUUGGUGCUGAAGACUAGUGGCGCACCUGGGGCCCCUGGUUUAGUGACUUUACCAAUGAACGUGACUUCUUCUGUGGCCCAGGCUAAUAAUGUAGGUAGCCCUAGCACUCAAUCCCCAAAUAUCCUUUCCAACCUCCAGGUUGUCAAUGUGCGUCCUGGAGUUCCCACACAGCAGCAGAAAGGACAACCAGCUCGUGUAGUGCUCAGUACACCUCACUUAGUCGGGGCCCGUCCUGGAGCUCCACAAUUAACCUUACAAUCCUUUCACGGUUUGCAACCUGGUCAGCAGGGAGCAGCAUUAUUAGUCAAGACUGAUAAUGGGUUCCAGCUUCUUAGGGUAGGACCGGCACCAGCUACAGCCAGCAUCAAUUCUUCACAAGCUGGAGGUCAACCAGUUACGUUUCGAAUGCAAACUGUACAAGCGGCGACAGUUAGUUCAGCAAAUAAUUCAGUGAAUGCAAGUGGAACAACAACCGUUACGUCAACAGCUCAGCAGACUGUCCAGCAUGCACAAGUUGGUCAGGUACAAGUUCAGGUUCAGCGGCCUGCAAAUGAUAAUACCAAAGAAAAAUGUAGAAAGUUCCUCGCAAAUCUACUUGAGUUGUCAAGUAGAGAGCCUAAAUCCGUAGAAAGAAAUGUAAGAACUUUGAUUCAAGAACUUAUUGACAAUAAGGUUGAACCUGAAGAUUUUUGUGACAAGCUGGAAAGAUUGUUGAAUGCUUCGCCACAGCCAUGUCUGAUUGGUUUUUUGAAGCAGGUGAGACCCUUGGCUCCCGGUCAAAUUCGACAACAAAUGCAAGUGAGGACAGCAGUUCCUCUACAGAAACAACCAAUGGGGACUAUUAAAUUCCAGGGGAUGAAACCUUCUGUGCCUUCUAAUCUCAAGCCUACAGCCAAGGACAAGGAAAAGAAAACUUUUUCUUCAGCAUAUACUGGCGAUGAUGAUAUCAACGAUGUAGCAGCCAUGGGUGGCGUAAACUUGGCUGAAGAAACACAAAAAAUUCUAGGAUCAACGGAGUUUGUGGGAACACAAAUUCGUUCUUGUAAAGAAGAUAUGCUGUGUUCUAUGCCACCUCUGCAACAGAAAAUUAGGCAAAUUAUGAUGAAACACGGACUGGAUGAACCGAACACAGACGUUGCAGCUUGCAUAUCGCAUGCGGCACAAGAAAGGCUUAGAAAUUUACUGGAGAAGUUGUCUGUUAUAACUGAGCAUAGGCUAGAGAAUGUUAAGGCUAAUCAACGUUAUGAAAUUACGAGUGAUGUUAAAGGUCAAUUAAAGUUUUUAGAAGAUUUAGACAAAGCCGAAAGGAAAAGGCAUGAGGAGCUGGAAAGGGAAAUGUUAAUGAGAGCUGCUAAGAGUCGAUCAAGGACUGAAGAUCCUGAGCAAGCUAAAUUAAAGGCGAAAGCAAAAGAAAUGCAAAGAGUUGAAAUGGAGGAAUUAAGGCAGAGAGAAGCAAAUGCUACUGCUCUGCAAGCCAUUGGUCCUAGGAAAAAACCUAGGUUGGAUGGGGAAUUAUCUGGCUCAUCCCAGGUAAGGUGA